CAUCAUCGCGCAGUGUUGCGAGGCGUCGUGUGCGGGUUCACUGUCAACAACAUACGUACUGGGGAGCAGGUGAAUGCCGGCAAAACAAAGUUUCUGCCCUCGGAGGAUCUACGAAAACGAUACUGUGAUUUAAAAGUUUCAAGACAAGCACAUAUCAUCGACAGGAUUUGUUUGGUCACAAGUCCCAGCCUCCAAAGUGCACCAACUGGAUAGUAAGCCAUGGCAACCACAGUGCCUAAACUCUCCAGCGGUGGCGCUGUUAAGAUCCGCUUUACCAGCAUUGACCUGGGCACCACCAGAUGGAAAGAGGGAACUUUUGAGAUUCUGGAAAAGGACAACAAGGUCAACCUCUGUCUAAGAUUCAACUGUGGCGGCGCUUCCAAAACAUUCCAGCUGAACCAGAAUGUGAAGAACAUCAACCAGAAUUUAAACCGAAUCAUGCUGACUUUGAAGGACAACAGUGUCAUCAUCCUGGAUAAGAUGCCCCAGACAUUGGUUCAGAAGACUAAAGAAUACCUGGAAAAGCUGAAGCAGGGAAAGACAAUUUUAAAAUCAUCCCAUGGAAGUGCAAACUUCAGUGUGCUUGGGAACCGCUCUGUGAAAAAUGAGGCCAGUCCGUCGGGGGAGAGACAGACUCCUAACAUCUUCCAGACAACACCGAGGCGGCAGAGUGCAGAAGGCCGGGAGGACACAACACCACGGAAGCCUCUGGGCAGUCCGAGUAGAGCUUCCUCCACUCCCACUCGCACUGGACUCUCUGAGAAUAGGAGCGAGAAGCGAAAGAGACUCCUUAACUCUGAAAGUGACCUGACUGAGGACUACCCCAAGGAAAAUGACUCCUCAAGCAACAACAAGGCCACUUCAGAUCCAUCCAGGAAGUUUCUACUGAGCUGCAAAGAUAAGCUGAAGCAGGCAGAAGAAAACAGGAGCUCUGCUCCACUGGGUUCAACUCCCCUUCAGCCAACGUCAUUCUACGGCAGCCGAUCUGUGACUAAGGACUAUGGCCAGAGCCACUCUUUCCUGGACAGGCCAUCCAGUACAGCACAGACUUCCACAGCCAAGAGAAGCCUCAUGCUGCCUAAUCACUCUACUCCCUUCAAGAAGGUACGCCCCUCUCUGGACUAUGGUGGCUGGAACAAGCAGAGGCCUUCCACUCAGGCCCAGCCUCAGCCCCCACUGCAAGGAUUCUCCAACCUGGGCAACACUUGCUACAUGAACGCCAUCCUGCAGUCCCUCUUCAGCCUCCCCUCCUUCUCCAAUGACAUGCUUAGGCAGAGCAUCCCAUGGAAGAAGGUGCCCAUCAAUGCAUUGCUCAGACGUUUUGCUCACCUUAUGGUCAAGAAGGACGUGGGCUGUCCAGAGACAAAAAAGGACCUCUUGAGGAAAGUGAAGAGUGCCAUCUCCUCCACAGCUGAGCGUUUCUCUGGAAACAUGCAAAAUGAUGCUCAUGAGUUCCUGAGCCAGUGUUUGGACCAGUUAAAGGACGAUGUGGAGAAAAUGAACAAAAGCUGGACAAAUGAAGCUGCAGUAUCCUCAUCAUCCUCUGUUUCAUGUGAGAAUGGCCAGGAGGCAACGUUAUCGGCAGCCAAGGCAGAGCCUGGUGAAGAGGUGGACACCUCCCGCAUCUACACCUGCCCUGUGGCUGUCAACAUGGAAUUUGAGGUGCAGCACACCAUCACUUGCAAAGGCUGUGGCGAGGUGGUGACCAAGCGAGAGCAGUUCAAUGACUUGUCCAUCGACCUACCACGCAGAAAGAAAACCCUCCCACUUCGCUCUAUCCAGGAUUCUCUGGAUCUCUUUUUUAGGAUGGAGGAAAUUGAGUACUCAUGUGAAAAGUGCAGUGGGAAAGCAGCGACUGUUAAGCAUAAAUUCAGCAAACUGCCCAGAGUGCUCAUCCUACACCUGAAACGGUACAGCUUUAACGCUCAGCUGUCUCUGAACAGCAAGCUGGGCCAGCAGGUGGUGAUUCCCCGAUACCUGACCCUGCUGUCCCACUGCACUGAAUCCACACGACCCCCUAUUAGUCUCGGCUGGAGUUCCCAAGCCUCCAUGUCAAGAACACUCAAAACGUCACAGUUGGUCAACUCCUCCACAGCACCUCUCCGAAGGAUUGGAGGGAAAGUGGCCAACUCUAGCUGCACCUCUAUCCUCGUGGACUCUGACUGUGAAGAAGAGCCUAACAGAAAGGUGAGCGCGAGCCGCAAGCGACGCCUCAGCAGCUGUCUGCCUGACGAUGAUGACCGACCGGAAGAGCGGGGAGCAACAAUUGAUUCAGCAGACUUCAGUGGCAUAAAUGAUGAUGAAAUGCUGGCGGCCGUCCUGGAGAUGAGUCGUCAAGAGGCUGGGCUCUCGGCUCCAUCCCCCGUUGAGGAUGAGCCAACCAGCAGCCCCGACACAGGCUUUGGGGACACAGAUGCCCAUGACCUGGCCUAUCAUACAGAUCUGCUGGCGACGGACAGCAAACAGCCUGCAGAUGUGCUGGAUUCCCUGGACUUGACCAUGGAUGAGAACAAGGAGAACCAGACUCCAGAAGGUGUGCAGCAGCAGGGGGAACUGGACUGGGUCCAGCAGUACAGUCUGGAUCAGGAGAGGGAAGAACAGGAGCUACAGCAGGCUCUGGCCCAGAGCCUUCAGGAGCAUGAGGCCCAAGAGAUGAGAGAGGAUGAUGAUCUCAAGAGGGCCACUGAGCUCAGCUUGCAAGAGUUUAACAACUCUCUGCCUGAGCUGCUGUGCUCAGAUGAUGAUUCUGGCAACGAGGAUGUGCUGGACAUGGAGUACACUGAAGCAGAGGCUGAGAACCUGAAGAGGAAUGCUGAGAGCGGAGACUUGGCCAACUCUUUUAGACUCAUCAGUGUUGUCAGUCACAUUGGGAGCAGCUCCUCCUCUGGCCAUUACAUCAGUGACGUGUACGACAUGAAGAAGCAGUCGUGGCUGACCUACAAUGACCUGGACGUGUCACGCACACAGGAAGCAGCCGUCCAGCGAGACCGUGACCGCAGUGGAUACAUCUUCUUCUACAUGCACAAGGAUGUGUUUGAGCAGCUGUCUGAAAUGGAGAGAUCUGGAGCUAGCACCACUUCAGAGGCAGGAAGGAACGUCCUGCAGCCCCUCUGAGCGCUACAUCUUUGGACAGCCACCCACACACAUACAUCCACCGCUGAGCCCUGGUAGAUGGAGCUCUCCUCUGAACAACCUUGAGUACUACUGAUUGCUGUCCUUUUUCGGUCAUCUUCAGGCACUUCUUUUCCUCUGCAAAUCACUAAAUGCCCUGCUAAGUUAGCACCUGUAAAUGCCAACACAGGUGCUAAACUGUCUAGACUCUUUAAGAUACCAGAAAUGCAGUUAAAAAUGUUCAGUGGAUCAAAUUUUGCCUCCAUGUUUUUGGGGCUGGAGUUUUUCUUUGCUAUGAUUUUAUCAAACAACUGUUUUGUAAAGGUUUUUUUUCUUUGUUUCUUGAUAUACUUGUCUAAACUCUAAAGCCGUUCAUUCAGACUUUCACUUAAAAGCAACUAUCAAACACCAGAUGCUACUGGUGCUUCCUGGAUUGUAUGUUUUGCAGACCCUUUAUUCCCCAUAUAAACUAAAUAAAGAUAUAUUCUAUGUUGGAGUAUAAGCUAUUAUAGAGUUAGAGGGUUGUUGUAUUUAGCGGGUAUAUUUGGUGCAAUAUUUAUGUUCUGGCUCAAACUGGCCAAUUCAAAUCAGUUUUCUGUCAGUGUGUGAAUGUUUGCCCAGUUGCUUUUUGUGCUUGACUUAUGAACUAAUUUGUGUGUGUGGUUGUCUCCAUAUUAUAGAUUUGAGAACAAUCAGUAAGUUGAAUAACAAAGCCUGUUUUUACUGAGCUUUUCUCAGUAAAGCCCACGUUAUUCUUUUGGGGUUUUGACCGUGUGCCUCCUAAGAAAACUUUUAUAAAUAUGUAUACAAGCUUUACUUUGAAAGUUGCACAACCUUGUUGUUUUUGAAGAUGUUGGUCAAACCUCAAUGUGCAAGUCAGAUUUUCCUUUAUAAAAAGCCAAGAUUUUCUAUUUAUUGCAGCAAAUGGUUAAUUAACUUAAUUAGCCCAUCGAGAUACGCCACGGCAAAUAGAAGUCAUUCAUACUAGACCACCAGGGAAGGUAGCUAUAGUGUAAUGUCUUAUUGCACUAUCUUUAAGGCCAGUAUGGAGUACACCUUAGACCUCUGCUAACCCUGUUCAACAAGUUCCUGUCAGGUGUGCUUGCUUAUAGAAUGGUUCCAUAACUAGACACUGGUUGUACAGCUCUUUUUUUGUUACCCCUGUAAAAAUUAAACCCCACUUCAGAACACCAUGGCUAAUGUGCCACAUUGAAACAUGGUGCCUGCUGGGCAUUUUCAGACUACACCAAAUUAUUCCCUCAACUCCCCAACAGAAGAAAGUAUAUAAUAUAGCAUUAUAAGACAUGGGUAAUAAAAAAUCUGUGUGAACUUAAUGAUAUUCUUGAUACCCAGCCCUAUAUAGUUGUGUUUUUAGGAAGUGUGCAUUAUUAUCAGCUGACUCCUGGAAGUACAGUAUUCUGUUGCACGAUGAACAUAUACCCAAUUAUGACAGCAGACAAAAGUAAAUCAGAAAUUGGUUCUCCUUUUUUGUAUCUGCCUUGGAUUUACAUUUCUGGAACACUGCGCUUACCUGAACAUCCUGUCCCAAAUGCAGUGUAAAGAGGGUAUGAUGUAUUUGUGAAGUAAAAAUUAACAGCUUUUUCUACCCUUCAUACACAAAUGACUCUUCCUAAAGCAGAUUUUAAUAAAAUAUUACAGUGAAAGUG